UCUUCAGGCGGAGCUUUGGGGAAGAAAGAGGCAGAAAAGAAGAAGAAAAGAGGAGGAAGAGGAAUUUUACUGACAGCAAAGCUGGAGCACCUAAAUUCUAGCAAUGGUAAUGUUAAUGAUACUAACAAUGGAAACAGCAGCAGUAGUGGGACUAGUAAUAACCAUAGGAGUAAUAUAUGUGAACAGAGGCUUGUGGAAAAAAGAGAGGUGGUGGAGAUUGUAGGAAACAGUAGUAGUACUAGUACUAGGAGAAGUGGAAGGCUGAGGGAAGAUGGUGGUAGCACUGGAGCUCCAUGUGGUGCUUGCAAGUUUCUCAGAAGGAAGUGCAUUAAUGGCUGCAUAUUUGCACCUUAUUUUGGUUCUGAUCAGGGAGCUGCUCGUUUUGCUGCUGUUCAUAAGGUUUUUGGAGCCAGUAAUGUCUCCAAGCUGCUCUUGCAUAUUCCCCCACACAGGCGCCAUGAGGCUGUGGUCACUGUCUGUUAUGAGGCUCAGGCCAGGCUCUCUGAUCCUGUUUAUGGCUGUGUUUCCACCAUUUUUGCACUGCAACAGCAGGUGGCAGCAUUACAAACAGAACUGUCUCUUGUGCAAACACAAUUGAUAAACAGCCGAAUAGCUGCUGCAAAUGCUCUCCACCAUCAUCAACAGCAGCAGCAGCAGCAGCAGAUGGGGGUCCUGCAGCCUGCAACUCAUCAUGUGUAUGCAAACAACUCAUCUGUAGCUACGAACAUGACUAUUCCUGGCAGUUCUCUGAGCAUGGGUCCUUACAGUCGUGUGGGCAUGAAAGAUGACAGCUCAUCUGAUCCAGCAGCCUGCUCUUUCCAUGGAAUGCACUACGAGCUGGAAAUGUCUCCUACCAUGGAUAACAUGUCAAGCCCUCGACACUUUCAGACCCUUCAGAUGACUCCCUCCUCACAAGAAGACCAAACAGAUGAUCCAGUUGAGUUGCAGGCCUUUGCACGUUCUCUGCUUCAAAGAAAAUAGCUAUAAUCAACAGAAAUACCAGUUCUAGUUAUUUCCUAUUGUUAUAUUCCUCAACUUAUGCUAAAAUGUAAUUAGAUUAUUAUAGUGUCUGUGAAAAUAUAGGUAUAGCACCAACAGAUGCAACUGACUGUUUCUUGAACAUAUAGAAUAAAUCUACAUCUACAAUGUCUUUUCAUGGUAGCGCAGCCUUGGCUACUGAGAACUUAUUCUUUCAGGUACUUUUAUAAGAGACAAAGUUUAUUUUUCAGUAGAGUAUAACUGGUGGUACAAUGGUUUAGGGUUAGAUACAGUAAAAUGUGGCGUGGGGAGAAAGAAAAACAUUUUGAGGGAAACCCUCUAGAAUCCAAGUUUUGCCAUCAGUCUAAGAAAAUAAUUGCAGCAUUUCCUACAUAAUUGAAUGCGAUUCAUUUAUAUAUCAGUGUCCAUUUGUUUGUAUGGACACUCAUUGUGACAAAUAGCUAUGGACUUCUGUGGUGAGCCACAGAUGUUAAAGUUGGAUUUUAUGUGUUACCAGUGUAUGACUCCUUGUUUAUUUCAGACAAUUUUAGCCUGAAAGAAUUGAUUAUUGAUACUAUGGAAUUAGUAAAGUGAUCU